AGCUCACUUCUGCAGUUGCAUAGGCAGGUUCCGAGGUCCAAGGUUACGGUUGCCAAGUUUGAUGCCAACCGGUUGCUAGGCGGGGUGAAUAAUGUGCUUUGGGGUUCCCUAUCGGGGAGUAGCGAUGGCCUUUUGUAAUUGGGGUUGGCGGUUGGCCAUUGCCUUGUUAGUAAUUUGAGAUAGAAAGUGGUAAUGAAUGUUGUCAACACUUCAUCAACCGGUGACUUUUCAUCAUUGGUGCCAUAGGGGGAUCCAAAACACCGAUGGUUCUUUCUGCAGCUCAUCAGUGAACGGCGUAGUGCCAUGGGACAGAAAGGUGGAAACCUCGCACCUCUUUCUGAUCUCCCCACAGAAUUGAAAAGACUUUCGCAAUUUCACCACAACUCACCCGAUGUCAUUAUUCAACAAUCAAAUCCAUCCCUCUGGCCGCCAAACGUUACUCUACCCAUAGGCACCGUGCUACCAAAGACGACCAUGGAAGUGAAUGUCUUGCCUCCUGACCACGGGUUGCGGAAGGAACCGACAAAGAAAAUACCCUCAUCACCGACCGCGGCUCAUGCAGUACGCAUUGAACCCCCGCCACGACCCAAGACUGAGCUGGGAAAGGCAAAUAGUCAUCCAGUUGAUACGGACGAAAAAAUAUGUGCCUCACAGAAGCCGAGACACCGUCGCAGUGCCUUCGUAACAGACAAGGCUCUCGAGCACUUAUCCCAAAACGACCCGCUCGCCGAGUUUGAUCGUAUACAUGAAGACAUCGUGGGCAUUGAGAGAUACUUUACGCUGCCCAUCGUCCUCGAACCAAGCAAGAAGUUGGUUUCAAGAUUGAAUAAGUUUAACAAACGUCGCGAUGAAGAUGUGUUCAAGGGGAUAUGUUUGGAAGACUGGGAGCUCGAACAGGAAGUGGACAAAUGCAGGAGCGCGCUACAAGCCGUGCGAAAGGAAAUACAAUCUGCGCUCAGGGCAGUCGUGGAAGAGUUCUUUCUUGUUCGUGGACCGCUACUGGGUGAGCCAAAUCGGAACCUUAUCGUUGCACAGGAAAGCUUCAGGGUGUUGGAGGACUUGAGAGCUACGUUUCCUGAGGCUGUAGCUGAGUUUGGGAAGCAAGCUGGGCCGGCUGAUGGAGGAGGAGUUGCGGCUCCGCCGAAUUCUCGGGCUGAAUCACGACAACCCUCUCGACAGUUCCAUCCUCAUCAUGAUUCUCCCUUCCAACCAAAGAGAGCUCGGGCGGAUAGCGAAGAACCCCAAGAUCUGGAUGUGUGCGUCAAGAGGAGAAAAAUUUCUGAGAUUGGAUCACGGCAGAAGGCCCGAACAAACAGCGAGGAGUCGCAAGAUAAUACAGUGUGCAUCAAGAGGGAAAGGUUUCGUGAGACUUGUUGGUGAUUUUGUUUAUGGAAACGUCGUUGGGUGGGUUGGUUGCUUCCUUUUCCCGGGUUGUCUUCUGAAAUUGGGGCAUAGCAGAGUUAGGGUUCAGAUGUUUGGAGGGAUACUACCCUGAAACGCAAGCGUAUCGACAUGUUUCUCACCAGAAAGACACUUUGGGUCUGUGAGUGAAAAGAGAGUGAUGUUAUACUUGGGGUUUGUAAAUAUCAGGGAAUGUCGUAUUUGAUGAUGCGUACAAGUAGUAGCACUAAGCCCUAACCCUCUUGAGGCGUUCGCUUGUGAAGUGAAAAGGGGCUCCACACUGAGUCUGGAAGAAGGGGGAACUGUCAGUGUCUAACAGAUUUGGCCGUGAUACACACCAAUUUGAGAUAGGGAUGGUGGGCAGAAAUGGCACGCUGUGAGCUCAUCCUCGAGGGACACUGGCGUUGACAUUUUGUGAUUUGCGUCUUUCCGAACAACCUCAACUUGUUGUUGCAAG